AUGACUAAUGUUAACCCAUUGGCUAUGUUAGCUGCACAAUGUAAUAAAAUUCAAUCAAUGAAUUCAAGUCCACCAUUAUCACCAUCAAAAACAAGUUUUUAUGCAUGGAAAAAAUCAAUACCAAGUCCAUCAAUGUAUCCAGAUCCUGAAAUAGCAUCAUCUUUUACACGAAUUAAUCCUUAUGAACAUUCAUUAUUAAAUGGAAAUGGACAUUUAAAAGAAAACUCAUCAACACCAUCGUCAUCCGCUUGGGCAGAUAUUCAUCAUCAUCAUCAUCAUUCAUGGUUUACAACCAAUCAAACAUCACCUAAUUUAAAUCACAAUGAACAACAAACACCUCCGCCUUCAUCCUUAUUUUCUACUGCAGCUAAUGUUCAAUAUCCUUCACAUGUUCAAUCCGCACAUUACAAUGAUUUUCUUUCCGUUGGUCAUCCAUAUACAGAUGCAUAUCGACAUGAAUUUCGUUUAUUUUAUCCACCUAUUGUACCAUCUCAUACACCUUCAACUCAACCAGCAACUAUAAAUAAUAAUAAUCAUAAUAAUAAUAAUAAUAAUAACAAUACUAAUAAUAAUUCGAACAGUCCAAUAAAAAAACCGAAAACAAGUCGUGCUCAAUGUGAUUGUCCAAAUUGUCGUGAAGCUGAUCAUUUAGGUUAUAUUACUGGAUCAAAUGUACGAAAAAGAAAUAUACACAGUUGUCAUAUAGCAGGUUGUGGAAAAGAAUAUAAUAAAACAUCACAUCUUAAAGCGCAUUUACGUUGGCAUACAGGUGAACGACCAUUUGUAUGUACUUGGUUAUUUUGUGGAAAACGAUUUACUCGUAGUGAUGAACUUCAACGACAUGGGCGAACACAUACAGGUGAAAAAAGAUUUGCUUGUCAAAUAUGUGGAAAACGUUUUAUGAGAAGUGAUCAUCUUAGUAAACAUAUUAAAACUCAUACAAACAAUAAUAUUAAUGAUGAACAUCAAUCAAGACAUGUUGAAUCUGAUACGCAAGAAAAUAAUAAUCAUCAUCAAACAUAUCAUCAUAUGCAUCAACAAACAUUUAUUUCCACUGAUAUUAAAACUGAACCGAGAAUGAGAGAUUAA